GACGUGUACGGCUGUGAUCUCAUCUCAUCUCUCUCUCUCUCCCUUCCUUCCUCCUCUGUGCUCGGAAUCCAUCACUCAAUAGCGAAAUCACAUUCCCGCUGAUCUCUUCCGCCAUGAGAUAGCGCCACCGCCUGCUCCGCCCAACAUGGCCGAUAAUCCGACGCCGUCGAGUAAUUCAAUGCAGUCGCCGGCCUCGAUCGACCCCACGGCAUCAUCGACGCCCGCCCCGAUCCCCCAAAACCCUAACUCUGCAAACCCUCAGAUCCCUUCCCAAUCCCCAUCCUCCUCCAUCGACCCCCACUCCCAGAUCUCCUCUCCCUCUCCCUCUCUCCCUCCCCUUCCCCAACAGCACCAGCAGCAGCCGCCCCAGCAGCAGCAGCAGCAGAAUGUCGCCGCCAUGCCGGGCUUCCAAAUGCCGGCGAACCUCCAGCGGUCGCCCUCGAUGUCCCGGAUGAACCAGAUCCAGUACGGUCUCAUAAGGCAGCAGCAACAAGGGGGGCUGUACGGAUUCGGCGGGCCCCAGCAACAGAACAAUCAGCAGCAGCAGCAACAAUCAUCGCCUCAGCAGCAGCAGCAACAGCAACAACAGCAGCCGCAGCAGAAUCAGCAGCCGAUGGUUGCGGGUAAUUUGGCUCGGUCGGCUUUGAUGGGGCAGGGCGGACACCUGCCCAUGUUGUCAGGCACUGCAGCUGCUGCCGCUGCGGCUCAAUUGAAUUUGCAGUCUCAGAUGUUAAAUUCGCCAAGGCAGAAAUCUGGGUUAGUUCCUGGGAGCCAAUUCCAUGUGGGCAAUUCUGCAGGGCAGCCUUUGCCUGGGAUGCAAGCAAUGGGACUUAUGGGUUCCUACAACCUAACCUCGUCCCUCAGAUUGAACGGGGCUCUCCCUUACACACAACAGAGGAUUAACCAAGGGCAGAUGAGGCAGCAGUUGUCACCGCAGACUGCACUAACUGCUCCGCAGGUUCAAAACCUGCAAAGAACAUCACCAUUGGCAUUUAUUAACUCUCAGUCCAUACUGGCUCAAAAUGGACAACCAGGAAUUAUGCAGAACAACUUAUCACCGCAGCAGCAGCAGUGGUUGAAGCAUAAUAUGCCUGGAAUGUCAGGCCCCGGAUCACCUUCAUAUCGCCUCCAACAACAGAGGCAGCAACAGCAACAGCAGCAACAUCAACAGCAACAGGCUAUGCUUCAGCAGCAGUUGGCUUCUUCUUCGCAGUUCAACCAGAACCCAAUGGCCCUGAAUGCACAACAGUUGUCUCAGCUCGUGCAGCAGCAGCAGCAGCAGCAGCAGCAGCAGCAGCAGCAGCAGCAACAGCAACAGCAACAGCCACAGCUGCUUCAGCAGCAGCAGCAGCAGCCUUCUCCAAGAAUGCAGGUGCAAGGAGGCCAAAAAUCUCUGAGUUUGACGGGAUCACAGCCUGAUGCUACUGCUUCUGGUACGACCACGCCAGGGGGGAGUUCUAGCCAAGGAACGGAGGCUACUAAUCAACUCCUCGGGAAAAGAAAGAUACAGGACUUGGUCACACAGGUGGAUCCUCAGGGAGUGUUGGAUCCUGAAGUCGAAGAUCUCCUUUUGGAAAUUGCUGAUGAUUUCAUCAAUUCGGUAACAGCUUUUGCUUGUAAUUUGGCAAAACAUCGGAAAUCUUCAACUUUGGAGCCCAAGGAUUUAUUGUUGCAUUUGGAGAAGAAUUGGCAGCUGACAAUCCCCGGAUUUUCUAGCGAAGGGCAGAAGUACCAAAAGAAACCUCUAUUAAGCGAUCCACACAAGAAGCGACUUGAUAUGAUACGGGCAUUGAAGGAUUCUUCCUAUCCCGAGACAAACACAGAUAAUUCAAAGGAGGUGAUGAGACCAGGAAGCGACACUCCUGUUGGUCCCAAUCCCAACCACAUGAUGAGACCUUCACCGACUCCGGACCAUACAGCUCCCCGGCCAAUGGGUUCUCAGAUGCAGCAGUUGACACGGUUCUGAUGGACCUGAUAUCCCAUAUUUGUUGGUGCUAUGACACUAUUCUUCUGGGACCCAGGUAACCAUCUGAGGUUUCAGUCGACUGUACAGUUUAGUUUUAUGGUAGUACCUGAAAGAUGAUAAACUGAAAUAUAGUUUGAGUGAACAUGUAUUUAUAUAUCUUAUUGGUGUUAAUCAGUGAUUUGAAUUGGGUACAGUAGGCAUAAGGCUCUGGAUCCGUAGGAAUUGCGUAAAGUUUUGCCCUCGGUGGGCAUUGAUUUAGUUUUUCACUUAUCAUGAUCCUUUCUAAUGAUUUUUGGGAUGGUCUUGUAUUCCACCAAGAAAGGCAAUGUAAAAGGUUUCUACUUUGCCUCAGAGGCCAAAGGGCCUCUCCUUCAGUUCCCUAA